CAGUUACUAGAGAGCAUGGCCGACCCGAAGAUUGAAGCCGUGCUGGCCCCGUUGCGGGAAGCGGUAAAGGAACAGGGAGACUUGGUGCGGAAGCUAAAGGCGGAUGGUGCUCCCGAAAUCGACGUGAAAAAGGCGGUGAAUGAACUAAAGGCGCGUAAAAAGGUGCUGGAAGAUCGCGAGCUCAGUCUCGUGCCGCAGGUGGCAAGCUUCAAUAGGGCUCGGAUGGAGGAUUUGCUGAAGCGGCGCUUCUUCUACGACCAAAGUUUCUCCAUCUACGGCGGUAUCACGGGACAGUACGAUUUCGGGCCGAUGGGCUGCGCUCUCAAGUCCAAUAUGAUCAACCUGUGGCGACAGUUUUUCGUACUCGAGGAGCAGAUGCUCGAAGUGGACUGCUCCAUCUUAACUCCGGAGCCGGUUCUGAAAGCUUCCGGGCACGUGGAUCGCUUCGCUGAUCUUAUGACGAAGGACGUGAAAACUGGGGAAUGUUUCCGGCUGGACCACUUAAUUAAAAACCAUCUCGAAAAGCUCUGCGCUGGAAAGGAUGCCAGCGAGCAGUUGAAGGAGGAGUGUGUCGAUAUUGUGAUCAAACUGGACGGAAUGACGGAGGCUGAAAUGGCGGCGAUUCUGCGAAAGUACGAUAUGAAGUCACCGAUCACCGGCAACGAGUUAACGGAACCGAUCGAGUUUAAUCUAAUGUUCGGUACGCAGAUCGGUCCGACUGGGCUGGUGAAGGGAUUCUUACGCCCCGAAACGGCGCAGGGCAUUUUCGUAAACUUUAAGCGAUUGCUCGAGUUCAAUCAGGGCCGGCUACCGUUUGCUGCGGCGCAGAUUGGCAACAGUUUUCGAAAUGAAAUCUCGCCCCGCUCAGGAUUGAUACGAGUGCGCGAAUUUACAAUGUGUGAGAUCGAGCAUUUCUGCGACCCGCAGGCGAAGAAUCACCCGAAGUUUGAAAACGUGGCCGAUACGGUCAUGACGCUCUAUUCGGCCUGCAACCAGAUGGACGGAAAGAGUGCGGAACCAGUGCGUAUCGGUGACGCGGUGGCCACCGGGCUCGUAGCGAAUGAAACACUCGGCUACUUUAUGGCACGUAUUCAGCAGUUUAUGCACCGGGUCGGUAUUCUGCCCGACCGUCUCCGGUUCCGGCAGCAUAUGAGUAACGAGAUGGCGCAUUAUGCGUGUGACUGCUGGGAUGCCGAGUGCUUAACUAGUUACGGAUGGAUCGAGUGUGUUGGUUGUGCCGAUCGGUCCGCUUAUGAUUUGACACAGCACACGCAGGCUACCGGUGUGAAGCUGGUGGCUGAAAAGAUGCUGCCGGCGCCUAAGACGGUCGAAGUGACGGAGGUGGUGCCAAAUAAGGCGGCCAUCGGAAAGGCGUUCAAGAAGGAAGCAAAAAGCAUCACCGAUGCACUGGCUAAACUCAGUCUCCAGGAGGUGCAAACCAUGGGAACGUAUCUUGCCUCUUCCGGAGAACAUGUGUUGAGCGUGAAUGGUGCCGAUGUGAAGCUGACCGGCGACCUGGUCGCCGUCAAGACGACCUCGAAAACGGUGCACGUAGAAGAAAUCACUCCGAGCGUCAUUGAGCCAUCGUUUGGUAUUGGACGCAUCAUGUAUUCGCUGUUAGAGCAUAGCUUCCGGCUGCGCGAAGGGGACGAGCAACGGAGCUACUUUUCGCUACCGCCGGUUGUUGCACCGCUGAAAUGCUCAGUGCUGCCACUUAGCAACAACGCAGAAUUUGCACCGUUUGUUAAAAAGAUCUCGAUGGCCCUAACUUCCGUUGACAUUUCACAUAAAGUGGACGAUUCCAGCGGAUCCAUCGGUCGGCGUUACGCUCGCACGGAUGAAAUCGCUAUUCCGUAUGGCGUAACGAUCGAUUUCGAUACACUGAAGGAACCGCACACAGUUACACUUCGGGAACGUGAUUCGAUGAAGCAAGUUCGGAUUUCGUUGGACGAAGUAGCUGACACGGUUCGCGAUCUAGCUUUUGGACGCACCAGUUGGGCUCAGAUAGACGCGAAAUAUCCACGCUUCGAGCAGCAGGAAUCGUCUGCCAAGUAGUGCGUGAAGAGAUUGGCUUCUAAAAGACCUCUAGACUCACACUAAAUG